CAACAAUUUUAUCUUCAGCUCCACCCACCACCUUCCUCUAUAAAGAACAGAACACCCGGAAAAUCCGAUAACUAACGCUCCACACACACCUUACAACUCCCUGCCGGAACUCAAGCCAUUCGUUAAGACUCUCUUGCUCCCAACUACGCUCUCGCCAAACGUGGGGCAAAAUCUGGACUCUAGGCAGCCCCACUUUAAUUUGAGCAAUCUUGCCAAUAUUUUGAUAUGGACGGUGUCUACACACAUUUAGGAAAUCAUUUCGAUGAUACCGCAUCAACAAUUGACACUGCCUCCGUCUAUGAUCUUAAGGCCCGACGCCACGAUGAUGAUGAGGAAACCGUCGAUGAGACGUUGAGCCUAGCCAGUGUUCCCGUCGGCCGUUCUGCUAUUGGCGAUAGAAAUUACGGAGAAGAAACGGACGGGCUUGGAAUUAAUGAUUCAAGAGAUGCUGAGACUGAGCUGCCCGCACAUGCUUGCGCAUACUGUGGGAUCCAUUCCCCUUCCUGCGUGGUAAAAUGUCUAGCUUGCAACAAAUGGUUCUGCAGUGCUAGGGGCAACACCUCGUCGUCCCAUAUUAUCAAUCACCUUGUUCGUGCUCGCCAUAAGGAAGUAUCACUUCACCCCCAAUCGUCUCUUGGCGACACAACUCUGGAAUGUUACAACUGUGGGACUAAAAAUGUUUUCCUGCUCGGAUUCAUACCUGCAAAGUCGGACACCGUCGUUGUUCUCCUAUGCCGGCAGCCAUGUGCGGCUAUGUCAUCUAAUAAAGAUAUGAACUGGGACACUUCUCGUUGGCAACCCUUGAUCGAGGACCGCUCGUUCCUCCCGUGGCUCGUUUCGACUCCCACUGAUGCUGAACAAUUGCGGGCCCGUCAUCUUUCUCCCCAAAUGAUUGGCAAAUUGGAGGAGCUUUGGAAAGAUAACGCUAGUGCUACAGUUGCUGAUUUGGAGAAAGGUGCUGGUGUUGAUGACGAACCUGCACCGGUCUUGCUCCGUUACGAUGAUGCAUACCAGUAUCAGAAUGUUUUCGGCCCUCUCGUCAAGAUUGAGGCGGACUACGAUCGUAAACUGAAGGAAUCUCAGAGCCAGGAUAACUUGAUUGUGCGCUGGGACCUGGGUUUGAACAACAAGCAUUUGGCAUCCUUUGUUCUUCCCAAACUUGAACUUGGCGAUGUUAAGCUUGCUGUCGGAGACGAGAUGCGUCUGCGUUACAUAGGCGAGCUCAGGCCUCACUGGGAGGGUGUCGGCUAUGUUAUCAAGAUUCCGAAUAACCAGAGCGACGAGGUCACCCUCGAACUUCGGCGCAACGGAGGGGAUAAAUCUGUGCCCACGGAGUGUACUCAUGCAUUCUGUGCAGAUUAUGUUUGGAAAGCUACGAGCUUUGACAGGAUGCAGUUGGCAAUGAAGAGCUUCGCAGUGGACGAGAUGAGUGUUAGUGGGUAUAUUUACCAUCGUCUACUCGGUCACGCUGUUGCGGCUGCUCCUCUUAAAACAAGUAUGCCGAGACGGUUUUCCGUACCAGGUCUUCCCGAAUUGAACGUGAGCCAGGUCCAUGCUGUCAAGAGUGUUUUGUCUAAGCCACUUUCCCUUAUUCAAGGACCUCCGGGAACGGGAAAAACAGUCACCUCGGCAACAAUCGUAUACCAUCUUGCCAAGACAAACGUCGGUCAAGUCCUUGUCUGUGCGCCCUCGAACGUCGCUGUGGAUCAAUUGACUGAGAAGAUACAUCGCACCGGAUUAAAGGUUGUUCGUCUUACGGCAAAGUCCCGUGAAGAUGUUGAUUCACCUGUUUCCUUCCUUUCUCUGCAUGAGCAGGUCCGCCUGAACGAUACUAAUGUAGAACUCGUCAAGCUUGGGCAACUUAAGAACGAGUUAGGCGAACUUUCUUCACAAGAUGAAAAGAAGUUCAAACAUCUUACCCGCAAUGCCGAGCGAGAGAUAUUAACAAAUGCCGAUGUGAUCUGUUGUACCUGUGUUGGCGCCGGCGAUCCCAGACUUGCGAAGCUGAAGUUCCGAACUGUUCUUAUCGAUGAGAGUACCCAGGCCGCUGAACCAGAAUGCAUGAUCCCGUUGGUUCUCGGAUGUAAGCAGGUUGUUCUAGUCGGUGACCAUCAGCAGCUCGGUCCGGUUAUUAUGAACAAGAAAGCAGCCCGUGCUGGUCUACAUCAGUCUCUCUUUGAACGCCUCGUCAUCUUGGGAUGCGCUCCUAUCAGAUUGAAUGUCCAAUAUCGGAUGCACCCCUGUCUUUCCGAAUUUCCCAGCAACAUGUUUUACGAAGGGAGUUUGCAAAACGGUGUUACCACCCAGGAGAGAUUGAGGAGAAAUGUUGAUUUUCCGUGGCCAGUAGCAGACACGCCAAUGAUGUUUUGGAGCAACCUGGGUAACGAAGAAAUUUCCGCCAGCGGAACCAGUUAUCUCAAUCGCACCGAGGCGUCCGCUUGUGAGAAGAUUAUCACUCGCUUUUUCAAGGCCGGUGUAUUACCAUCCCAGAUUGGUAUCAUCACACCUUACGAAGGCCAGCGUUCAUACAUUGUCUCUUCCAUGCAAACCAACGGGGCUUUACGUAAAGAACUUUACAAAGAAAUCGAAGUUGCCUCCGUCGAUGCAUUCCAGGGCAGAGAAAAGGAUUACAUUGUUCUCUCCUGUGUUAGAUCUAACGACCACCAGGGGAUUGGGUUUUUGAACGACCCUAGGCGCCUUAACGUGGCUUUGACGAGAGCUAAAUUUGGGGUAGUCAUCCUUGGAAAUCCGAAAGUUUUGUCGAAGCAUCCCUUGUGGCAUUAUCUUUUGCUCCACUAUAAAGAUAAAAAUUGUUUGGUUGAAGGGCCAUUGAGCAAUCUCCAGGUUUCCCUGAUUCAAUUUUCGAAACCGAGACAAAGCUACCGUAGCCCCCAACGUUACCAGAUGGCAUACCAAGCCGCUCCCAACGGAGGCGUCCUUACUGGCUCAAGGCUUCCGGGCGGUAUUGGUCCCGCCGCUACAAAUGCACCAAACCCCAUCAAGCCUCCAGCCAGGCAGCCCGAGUACAACGACUCCGGAAGUGUGAUAGGCUACAUACCCGAUGAUGUUAGCUCGGUCCAUUCCGUUGCAGUUACUAGCGCUUUUCCACCAAUGUUUAGAGGGUUUGCCAUGGAUAAUUGGCCCGCUCUUCCCCGCGGCACAGCACCAUCUACAAUUGCGCCCAGCGAGGCAGAUGUGUCAUCAAUUGCGGGUGCCAGUUCUGUCACUGGCGGUGGGGGCGUUCCGCUAGGUUCCUCCGCGAAUUCGGUUGCCGGCGGUAACGCAAUUGGGGGAAAGUCAACAAGCCUGAGUCAGAGCGAUAGAUUGAAGAGAUAUGUUGAGAGUGGCAGGGCGGGGUCUGGAAUGAGCAUGGGGAUGGAUCUGAGCGGGGGAUAUAAAACUGGGGUGGAAGGAAGUGUUUAUGGAGGCAGCAGUGUUGGGGGAGUCGGUGUUGGGCUAGGGAGGCGUGGGGAUCUAGACGACGAUGUCAGAAGCGUCUCUACCGCCUUUGCAAGCCAGGUUGGGAUGACCAGCUACGAUUGAGAUCCUCAAGCGCUCCCACAAAAGAUGUGGGUUGUCGAAGGAAAAACUCCGAGAAUAGUGGAACCGUCGCAUUAUGGAAGAAUUGCCCGUUGGGUUCUUUCGAGUCUAAAAGGUCUACCGAAGACUACUGUCACCUGUCAAAAUCCCUACCUACCUCAACCUCGUUCCUCCUCUCCCUUCCCUAGUCUUUGCAUGAAAUGGCUAGGGGUGGUACCACAGCCAUCUGUAAUGCAGUGGCUACUGGAUCUAUCAUCAUCCUGGGAAGCUUUCAUCCUUUAUUUGGAUGUGCGAGUGAUUCCCGGGAAAAGUUGUGUUUGGGUUAGAUGGAAUUGUGGGAAUCUGUUUAGGCUUUUCGCUGGGAUACUGUUGUUGAUAGAUCGAAUUCAAUAUUUAGUUGACGCAUUCGUAAUGAUCUUUACUUUUUGUUAUAAUUUGGAGGGUACUUUGUUGUGGGCGCUGUUUUCUCCCCAGGGUAUUUUCAGUAUUAUGGUAGGUAGCCAUGAUUUCUCCCGUGAUGAGGGACACAUCCUAACUAAGUGCUAAGAGGCUGUUUUUUCUUUCAUUCCAUUAGCAUUCUACAGGUAGUCUAGACUAUUCUCUUAUUGUUUAUACUGUACUUUUAUAGUGACACAUAGAAUCGAGGUUACAAGACA